AAAGAAGCCUCAGUUUUGGCAUCCAGCAGCAACUGGCCAUGGAAAGCAGUGGGAUCGGCAGAGUGGCCCCACUGGAGGCCGUCCUCUUCGACAUCGACGGCACCAUGGCCAUCUCCGACCCGUUCCACCACCGGGCCACCUCGGAGAUGCUCCUCAAGGUGGGCUACAACAACGGCGUGCCCAUCACGCCCGAGUUCGGCAUGGCGAACAUGGCCGGCCGGAGCAACGAGCAGAUCGGCCGCUUCCUGUUCCCGGACUGGGACCAGCGCCGCCUCGACGCCUUCUUCGCCGAGAAGGAGGCGCUCUUCGCCAGGUACGCCGCCGAGGGGCUCCGGGAGAUCGCCGGCCUCACGCCGCUCUGCCGCUGGGCCGCCGGCCGCGGGCUCAGGCGCGCCGCCGUCACCAACGCACCCAGGGCCAACGCCGAGCUCAUGAUCUCCAUCCUCGGCCUCUCCGACUUUUUUUCCCUCGUCGUCACCGCCGAGGAGUGCGGCCGAUCCAAGCCCUACCCUGACCCGUACCUCAGGGCGCUCGACCUGCUCGGCGUCUCGCCGGACCACGCGCUCGUGUUCGAGGACUCCACCACUGGCGUGCAGGCCGGCAUUGCGGCAGGGAUGCCGGUGGUUGCCAUCGCCGAGGAAAGCAGAGAGGACAAGCUUCUCGCCGUCGGCGCAACGCUCGUCAUCAGGGACUACGAAGACCCCAAGCUAUGGGCGGCUUUGGACAAACUGGACACCACCAGGCCUCAAGCUGCUGCUGCUGAGACCAAUGGAAAACUCACACAACUGUAGCUGAGGAACACAAGUGCUAGUAGCCAAAAACAAUUUCUUGCAAUAUUCCACUUCCACGCAUGAUUCAAUAACAACUCAUUCGUGUAUGUAUGAUGUAUCUUGAUGAGAUGCAUACAAAAUUGCCUGUAGGCCAGUCUGUUACAGACAAAUGAAAAUGGAAACAAAACUGAUCGCGAUAACAUGCAGAUUUCUAUUUGUAUCUAAACUACUCUACCACAGGCUCUCACAUGAGAUUAUAAUGUGCUUCAG